AUUGCUUUUCUUGACGAAAGAGGACUGAGAAAUCCAAACUGUACUGUUAGAAGUAGAUGCUGUUACUUGUUUUCAAGAUUUAUCAAAUCGCACAGGUAUGUCUGUGUUCAUUAUGUUCUUCAGUGUUGGUAUGUCUGUGGUCAUUACUUAUGUUCUUCAGUGUUUGUUCUCUGUGGUCAUUACUUAUGUUCUUCGGUGCUGGUAUGUCUGUGGUCAUUACUUAUGUUCUUCAGUGUUGGUAUUCCUGUGGUCAUUACUUAUGUUGUUUAGUGUUGGUAUCUCUGUGGUCAUUACUUAUGUUCUUCAGUGUUGGUAUGUCUGUGGACAUUACUUAUUUUCUUCAGUGCUGAUUGAUUUGAAGAACAAUUGGCACAAACCCAGGUUAAGUUUCCAUGGCAACUCAUAUUAAUGAUACAGUUGACUCCUUAUAACUUGAACCCUCGCUUACUCCAACCUUGCACUAUUAACUCGAGCUAAAGUCGAUUUCCCCUUGAUUUCCUUCAUGAAUACGUGUACAUUUACUGUAAUUUUACCCUCAGUAAGUCAAACCCCAUAUAUAUUUUUCUGCCCGUUUAGACUUUCCCUCGUUCCCACUAUCUGCCCCUGGGUCUCUGAGGAUGGUCAAACCCUCAAUAACUUGAAUCUUGAACUAACUCAACGUAAAUUUUUCCCUUCAGAUCAUUUGUAUAUGUUCCAUUUAUUUUUAAACAACCAUGUCAAUUCUUUGUCUGUCACUGGUGUUCAAAUUCAGUGUCCAUUCCUGCAAGCUUUGUUGCUUAUAAUUCCCUUUUCAAAAAAUCAAUCUAUAUCUCUUACUCAGGGCCUUAAAGUUGUGUGCAUGAUACUUGCAUUCCGUCCAUCCAUUUGAUUAUUUUACUAUUUUUGGUCAUUAAGACUACCAACAACUCAAACUCGCAAUAAGUUGAAUUUUUUUUGGACUUCCCUUAACUGAAGGUUUGUGUUAUUGGGAGUUGUGACUGUAUUCUCUUCUAUAGUAUUUCUAAAUUUUUCAGGACUCUUUUGUUCCUUUGUCCAAUGUGCUCUUGUGUUAUACCUUAUCUUUCUCAUUUUAUUCACUGAGCUUAACUUACUAUGUAUGGUAAAGUUGAGUGUUGUUCAUUUAUAGGGCAAACAUGUUUAACUAUGCUCAUGAUGUGCUGAAAAGGCUUCAAGCUCUGCUUGUUAUAAAUCCUGUAAGUAAACACGCUGUAUCUAAUGUGUAAUAGUAACCUUUCGUCCCCAAGAAUGAAGUGGUAAUGAACAUUUGUUGCAAGAAAAGAUCAGAGAUGAUUUUUGGGACCUUUCUGCAGGGGUUUCAAAAUGUUUUAAAGUAGGUGGCUGACUCUAGAAAAGUAGACAGCUGUGACAAUAAUUAUUAUUGAGGGGCCGCAAGGCCCCAGAAGCAAGAGGGGUCUAGAGUAGCCAGCCACCUUCAAUCAAGUAGUCGGUGGAACUCUGGUGAUCACCAGCUUGUUUUGAAACCACUGUACGUUUCUGAUGAAUGAAUUGGGCUGUGGUAUGAGAGAUCUUGGGCUUUGAGCAUGAGUUAAUGUCUUCAGUUUCACUCAUGAUAAUCACCUGUGACAGAAUCAAAGUCAGCUUAAACAUUUCAUUUCUUUUUUAUUCUGAAGCAGUUUUUUUUCGUCAUUUUAGGAUAAUGGUUACCAAAAUCUGCUUUCUGCCGAUGACCAGGUUAUUAUCUUGUUUAUUAAUAAUAAUAAUAUAUAGAUUUAGCCAGGGCUAAAAGCGAAGCUCUCUCGUGUAAUGCUUAACGGCGAAGGCAACGCCGGAGAACGGUGAAAAAACAGCAAUAGGUCUAAUUAGCAAAAAAGCAACUUUGCAAGUGCAGCACACUUUUUUUGUACAUUUCUUUGCUGUUGUUUUGCACGACUACAACGUGAAACUUCCAGAAACUUUUGUAUGGAGGAAAUGUCGUACGUAUUCUCGUUCACUUUUUUUUCACUGCCGCUCAUUUUCUCCUUGCAUUGGUGGCCGCUAGCAUUGUCACCGCAGCUACAAAAUUUUCGUGUUGUUCUUCCAACAAAAAAAUGUCUCCUUUGCUUUUUAUCUCUCGCUCUAGAUCUCUGUCGCCCUUUUUCUCUUUGAGUUUCGCUGGCCUGCCGCUUUUCUCUUUUUCUCUGCCUUUCUCUUGCUCUAUAUUCCAAAUUUGUGGACAUGACAAUUAAUCGAAGCUUAAUAAUUUAGAAAACACGGAUAGAGAAACAAUUUCUGCUUUCUGGUUUCGUCUUUAUUGACUCUUUAGCUGCCUCUGCUUUACAAGACGUGGGUGGCUAUGCGAUUUCCCGCCAAAAUAACCUUGAGUUGCAUUUGAGUUGCCAUACCUGUUGAUUGAGUUAAUUAACAUUGGUAUGCCUGUGGUGCGGACGGACGGUCGGGCGUACGGUCACGUGAUUACCAAAUUUUCUCGGAUGGGUAGAUUACCACAUUUUCUUACCCAUGGUGCUCCGCUGCGCGCGCUUCGCGCGCAAGAGCUCCGCUAUUAGAAUUAGUAUAUACACACUUGAGUGAUCUUGGUGAAUAGUGGUUGUAGGAAUAUUUAGCCACUAUUCACCUCGAUUUCAAAGAAUGACAAUGACAAUGACAAUGACAUUGAUUACAACGAUGACUGAUGAUGACGAUGAUGAUUUAGAUGUAGCCCAUUCACACAGUGGUUCUUCAUCUACCACUACUUAUCAAAUUGAAAUUUGGAAGUGUUGCUUUGAGGAGAGGAGAAAACCAAAGGUUCCAGAGAAAAACAUCGUGGAGAAAGCUCAAAGGGAGAGAACCACAACAAACCCUGCACAUGUGGCAUUGAUCGACACCAGGCUUUGAACGCAGGCUGCAUUUUUGUGGGAGACGAGUGCCUUUGCCAUCAUGCCACCCUUGCUCCCUGUUAUUAGUAUAUUAUUUAGUGUGUGUGUGUGUGUGAUACAGAGUAAGAGAGCCAUUUCAUGCUGAUUAUUUUAUAUGAAAUCAAUGCCUCAGUUUUUCUGUCAACCAGCAAAACUUUAACUUAAAAGAGGCAGAUUUUUGAACUGUGUAUCCUUCCUACAGGCUGGGUUUAAACAUGUCAUAGGUCAUGAAAAAAAGUCAUGGAAUUUGAGAGAGCUCAAAAAGCUAUGAACCCUGUUCCUAGUAGACAAUUAUUAUUAAUAGUUAAAUUGCUUCAGAUUAUUCUUUGCUUUUAUCACAAUGCAUUUUUGGGGUAUGUAGUACCAACUUCUGAGAGCAAACAUUUUGUGGAAUAUAAGUAAUAAUAUAUUUUGUUGUUGUUGUUGGUAGUUGUUUCUCUACGAAAGUGCAGGAAUUUUAAUUGUUGCCAGUGGAGCUGUCCCAGAGGUAUGCUGUUAAUAUUAUUCAUAAGUGAUUUCAUUAUUUUUAAAGUGGAAUAACCAAUUUAAAUGUAAUACUGUCAUUCUUUCAUUAUUACAAUAUUACUGUGAUGUUUUGUUCUAUUUUAGAAGCAGCUAUUAUACAUGCAAAACUUGCUGUCUCCAAUCAUUGGAAAAUUUGAUUCUGUUGUCACAAAGGUAUUGAAAACUGGUAUUAAUGCAUUGUCAUCCAGUAAAUUAUUGUAGUUGUGAUUUGUUUACCCACUAAGCACUUGGGAGAUCUUAAGAACCUGUUAAAAUGUGUUCGUGCAUUCCAGAUUGAAUGGGAGUUUGGAAGUGUUGGUCUUUGAGGACAGAGCAAAAUUAAACCAGAGUACCCAGAGAAAAACCUUUCAGAGCGAGGGAGAGAACCAAGAACAGACACAACCUUCAUAAUAUUGGCCUUAAGGCCAGGAUUUGAAGGAUUUUUGUGGGUUCAUGACUAGUUCAGCGUGCAAAGAAAGUGGUGUCUGAUAGCCCCGGGCUAGUGGUCUUUGCUAUCGGGCCAGUGAAUUCUAUUCUUAACUUGCCUGACAGGCAAGUGAAUUAUUUUGAGGAAUUCAAAUUAUAUAAAAACUGUGAAAUCAAUCUGCUCAUCAACACGUUUUUGGGGCUAGUUGAAAUGAUGUUUGGUCAAGUAAAUGUUAGCCUCAGCUUGUGCAAAUGGCAAGCUGUAAAAAUGACUUUCUUUGCACCCUGCUAUUUAAAGUUUAUUGAGUUGUCUGGACUAUUCAAAGCCUGGGUCAAGGGAACCAGAUCUUAUGUUGGUUUGUAAAAGUAGAUAGCAAUUAAAAAUGGCAGUCAUACUUGGAAAUUUCAAUUUCAUUUACUGCCAAAUUCAAAGUAUCGCGCUGUGCACUUUGCAAACUUUGAGGGGAUUUUGGGUUAUCCUGUUCUGUCAAUCAUUUGAGUGGGGGCAGGGUUAAUGCAAAUCCCAAUGUUUGAAUGCACUUGCCCAGCUUGGCCUACAUAAACAAAACUGGGAAUGGCGAAGGAAAUCGUGAUGGUGAGGGGAAUUUUUGUCCAGGAAAGGAGGCAGACAUUGUUUUAAUUGCAAGUGACAAGAAUAAGAAAGAUCAGAAAAACCUUUGAAGCAAACUAGUUGAAUAUAUCCUGAAACAGGCCGGACGAUCACAAGCAACAACGCUUUAAACCCAGAAACAAACCAAAGGGAUUGAAACAAGAAGUCUGUUGAGAUGAUUGAUGGAACAGAAACCCCAAAAUUCCUUCAGAGUUUGCAAAACGUACAUCAUGAUACUGAACAAUGCAUUGGCAGUAAAACACACAAUUUGCAAAAUUAAGAAAGAUGCAUAUUUCAUGUGGGCCCUAACUACUAGUUGUCAAAGUCCUAGGUCAGACUUAUGACCGCACAAUUAAGAAUCUUAAUUUAUUUUGUUACAGCUAACAGUAGUGUUGGAUUAAUUUUCCUUUUAGAUUGUCUCAGAAUUCGAUGAAACUACAUCAGCAGCCUAUGCUCAGCACCUUUACCAUCUUGUCGCUUAUGCCAGGUAAAUAUUAUUCAGCUUCCUUGUGGAGGUGUGUGUGGCUGCAUGAGUGGCCAACGCCUUGGCUGCCAGAUCUAGAGGUCUGGGGUUCAGGACUCCGCCCAUCACGUUAUUUCCUUAGCUGCUGUCAAAACAUCAGAAAUACUUUCUCUAGUGUCGAGUUUUUUACUGAUGGAUUUGUAGGGCUUAUUUGAUAGUCAAAAUUUGUGGGAAAAUCAAUCUAAAAAUAGACUGAUCUCUGAAAACGUACUUGCACAGGCACAAAGGUGUUGCUCUCUCCAGGUUAUUGGCUCCUGGCCUUAAUUAAUUAAUGUAAAGCAUCAAUGACACCUUGGGAUUUACAACAGGGAUUUUCCUGUGCAGCUCUUUAAUUAUUAUUUCAUCCAAUUAAGCUUGCACGUACUACUGAAGAACAACCUGUAAAGUUAAAUUCCUAGUAAAGAGUCUGUGCACAGUGGCCAUGUUGGAGUAGUAACAAUAAAAAAAUAUUUGCAUGAAAAUGAAAUUUUUUCCCAAAGUAAAAUCAUGUUAUUGUUUUACCCCUCCAACAUUGCUGUGGCGCACAUACUUUAUUGAAGCUUUAAAGGUUGUUGAUGUAUUAUUUUCCUGUUUUCUGCUUGCAGUCGAGCUAGUAAAGCCUUUACUAAUCAGCAGGCAUUAAAGGACAGUGGCUGUGCACCCUGCUUCACUGAGGUACAUCUAGGUUAUUGAUAAUGGCUUUCUUGGAACUUUAAAAUCAUUUUGUACAUGUGCUAUCUUUGAUAAUUUUUAAAAGGGCUUUAAUUAUGUCACCAAGAUAUGGCUGUGUUGGAUCAAUUCAAAUUUAACCCUUUAAGCCCGAAGAGUAAUCAGCAUCAAUUUCUCCUUGUAAUAUCAAUGCUCUUUGUAAGACAGAGUGGUCAUGAGAAUUAAGUACAUCACCAGGGAAGAUUCUCCCCACUACUUCUAUUGAACAAAUAUAGGGACAGUAAAUGAGAAUUUCAAUUUUGAUUUUAGGGUUCAAAGGGUUAAGUCAUUACUUAUAUAGUGCCUUUGGAUCAAUAUUUAGUUUUCUGGGAACUUGCCCACCUACCCCUCCCUUAAGCCAUGAACAUUAACACUUGCUUCUCACUUAAGGCAAAGUGUUGGCUUAUGGGAAGGCUAGGUGGGCAGUUUCCCAGAAACCUUGAUUGAUCCAUGCCUUUACCCAUGCACAAAAUAAAUGCUCCUGGAGAGAUACAGCUAUUUCGAGAAAGGUUGUAAGAAAAAAAUGUGGACGCGACAAUCCCGAAUGGUAAUAAUAUUAUUAUGGGAUAUGACCAAUACACUGUUCCUGACGAUGGUAGCUGUCAACCCCACUUUUGUUGCUUUCCUUUAGCACUCGCAAACAUAUGUCUAUGGCCGGUCUCGUGCUAUUCUUUCAAAUUUCUUUGAAGAACAGUGAACUCAAAACCUCCCACAAUACCUAUCAGGAUUGUCGUGGGCACUUUUUCGGACAACCUUUCUUGAGGUAGCUGUACAUAGAAGAUGUCUCAAAAUUCCAUCAGGAGGUACUAACUAUAACAGCGUUUUUGGGGAUUCUUGUGGGUGUAACAAUAAAACUUGAAAAUGUUUGCCCACCUUUGUCAAGUUUUAAUCGUUGCCCAUCUUUGCCAUCUGUUGCAACAGAUGACUGCAGGAAACACUUUCAGUGCCUAUUAUUUUGUCUAAAAUAACAAUUCUUGGCCUAUAUAUAUUUUUGGAAUUCAAUUGAUGUGAAAAAAGUUUAGUUUUUUAAAAAGAUAGCAAAUAGUGUUGGAUGGCCUCUUGAAGUGUUGUAAUUAUCCAAGCUGCUAGCAUUUUGUUUAAUAUAAGCAUCAAAUUUGGUUGUUUUUCUUACAAUCCCUUAUAGUCAGGUAGUCAUUUCCUUUGUUUGGUAGAAUUCUAAUUUCUCUUGUUUUAUAGGCACUGCCUAUUUUCCUGAGGGCCUUAACAAUCCCAGUUCAUCGAGACACCAUUCACUCUGGAGUGCGGCAGUACCUACACAGGAUGAUUGUGUGUUUGGGAGAUGGUGUGCUGCCUUUCAUCCCAGUUGCAGUGACACAUCUGUUGAAAGAUUGCUCAGUGAGUAUAAUAAUUCCUAACUUACUUUCAAAUAGAGAGAUUUUAUUUUAAUUGAGUCACAGUAAAUUUAGUUUUGUAUUGUGUUUGUGUUGUAAGCAAAAUCUAUUCUUGGUUUAAAGGGGCUCAGUUUCGUGGCUGUCUUGUACAUUUUGUUAAUAUUAUCGACUCUGCCUUUUUAGUUACGAUUAAGCUUAAUGAGUAUAAAAAUUCCUAACCUACUUUCAGAGAGAAUACUGCAGUUGCAGUGGAAAGUUUAUUUUAAUUGAGUCACAGUAUAAUGUAGUUUUGUAUUAAAUUAUUGUGUUGAUGUUGUAGCCAAAUCCAUUCUCAGUUUAAAGAGACUGUGUCAUGGCUGUCUAGUUCAUUUUGUUAAUAUUAUUGAUAACUCCUUUUUAUUUGGGAUGAAACUUGAGGAAAUUACUUGUGGAUUGCAAAAUGCCAGCUUCUUGUCAAACAAUAUUAUUGUUCUACUGCUAGCUGCGAGUCGCCAAGGUUUCAAGUACUGCACAUGGUUUAUUUCAUCCAAAAUGUACAGAAAUAGAGAAGAUAUAAAUUCGAAAUCUACGUAAAGAUAUCAACAGGAACUACAAUCAGUCAAGAAAUAUUAAAACAAACCGUAAAUAAGAAUAAUAUUCACGUACUCGUUGGUGUCUCUCAAGUUUCGCAUUUAGUAGUAAUGAUCUUACUAAUCAACGAUUGUUACAUCAUGUCACUAGUCGUGAUUAUAUCACGCAUGAAUUUCGUAUUAUACCAAAACAAUUGUCUCCCAAGCAUUACAAAAAACAAAAUUGAAAAAGUUUUUGAAAACCACAAUCGCAAUUAUUCAUUUCAAUCCUUCUCAAGUUUGUCCAUCGAUGCCUCCUUUUGUUUAUAUUAGGCUGAUUUAGCAACAGGAUGGGAACGCCAGUUGACGACAGGAAAGCGCGCAGAAAGGACUAAACACGACUUCUGGUGCCCAAUUUGCCGCUCUGCCAUUGGUCAAGCCAGUUGCUUGAUCUGCGCGCGCCGUCGUCAACUGACGUUCCCGUUCUGUUGCUAAAUCAGCCUAUUUUGCUGUGUGAGGCGGGGUUCAGACCCUGAGUACAUGAAAAGAUCUUUUAGGUCACCCCUGUUUCAAUGCCUAUUAGAGUGGUGGGUGAACAGAUAUUCCCAUUACUGGUUCAUGUAAAAAGUUGAAAAAACUGGAAGGAUCUAUAUUGUUGCAAGUCAAUGUGAUAACUGGCCAUGUGGCUUUGUUCUUCCCACAGGCAAGAGAUAUUCAAGAAUUUAUUCCACUUAUAAAUCAAAUCAUUGCUAGAUUUAAGGUAAGUUGGAUUUGCUGAUAAACAUUCUUCUCAUCAUGUUUUGAGCUGUUGUAAGAAGGUGCAUUCCUGUUGCUCAUGUCUGUGGGACAUGACAUGGCUGCCUGGUGCAGCUCAGUUGGAAGAGUGCUGGUCUGCUCAGUGAGAGGCUGCAGGUUUAAACCCCAGUCUGACCCACACUCUGGGUCUUUAGGUACAUGUAACUGAGAAGAAAGUGCUUCCUUUGUAAUGACAUCUGCAAAUGGUGGGACUAAGUUCUAGUCUUAAUCUUGAUCAGAUAAGGAGGAAAAACUGUAGGUCCAGCCGUCUCACAGCAGUUUCACUGAUCUGGUUCUUGUGGGAUUUCAAAAAUCCCACACCACUGUUUGAAAACAGAAGGCAGUGUAGACCCUGGCAGUGUGGCCAACCUUUCCUGGGCUGGGUGGGUUAUCUGUAAGGAGAGAUCUUAAUAAAAUUAUAGAGGGAUAAUGUCGUGAUCCUCCUUCAGGUGUUAGUAAUGUCUAUCUGUGAACAGUGUUUGUAUGUAUAAGCAUUGAUCAUACAGGGAAGCUUCACCCAUUUUAUACAAGCUCUGUAUGAGCUGAAGCAAUGAGGUGAUAACUCUGGAUGUAAGGUCAAAAUUUGUUAACAAGCAGAGGAACAACUUUUUGGAUCCUGGAAAUCAUUAAAGCUGUAGAUAAAGUUGGUAAAGCUGUGCUCUAGCAGCAAACCUGUGGCACCUCUUCAUACUCUCAGGCCCUGGUUGUUUAUAGGUUGGAUAGCACUAUCCCCUGGAUAAAUUGCUUUUUAACAACUGCGUCGCUGAGUGGAGGUAGGUGCCCGGGAUGUCCAGGGGCUUCCACCUAUGGCACGGCCAGCCCCUAGACAGAGUUACGCCCCCAUGGCUGGCAAACCCGCGCCCUCCAGCCAUGAGCCCCCACGCCAAUGGAACCAGGCACCCGUCACACUGAUAACAGUGGAAGACUUAAGGGGGGGAGGGAUGGGGGUAAAAGAAUGAUCCAAAGGCUAAACGAAGAGAAUGGCCGCCACGAAAACACUGUACUGAGCACAUGGAGGUGAUGCAAGCAAGGCUGACCGCGCUUGAGCCAAACGACCGACCGCUGACCACGCUCGCGCUCCUUGUUGUUAACUCUGUUAAAUAAAUAUUUAUUUAACCUCAUUUAACAACUGCGUCGCUGAGUGGAGGUAGGUGCCCGGGAUGUCCAGGGGCUUCCACCUAUGGCACGGCCAGCCCCUAGACAGAGUUACGCCCCCAUGGCUGGCAAACCCGCGCCCUCCAGCCAUGAGCCCCCACGCCAAGCCGAAGGGACCUCCGAGCUGAAUUCCAAGCUCGGAGAGAAGGGGCUCAUGGCUAGGAGAAGCCUGAGCCCCAAUACACCAAACCCGGAGGCACCCACCUAUGCUGAGCAUGAAGAAGCAUAUAAAGGCGAAACAAAACCCAAGUGCCAAACGUGCAACACCAACGCCCCAUAAAUGCCACAAAUGCUGUCAAACGCCACCAACGUCCAACCCAACGCCCCUAAAUACUACUAACUCUGUAAACACCACAAGGGUCCAACCCUAAUGCCCCAUAAACGCUACAAACACGCUGAAUGCCACAAAAAUGACUGGCCCAAAUGCCUCAUAAACGCUACAAACACUGUGAACUUGACGAACGUCCAUCCCAAGCACUUCCUAAACAAUACAAACACCGUAAACGCCACAAAAAUGUUCACCGCCAAUGCCCCAUAAAUACUACUAACGCUGUAAACGCCAGACGGGUCCCACCCUAAUCCCCCAUAAACACUACUAACACUCUAAACGCCACCAAAAGGACCAGCCCGAACGCCUUAUAGACGCUACAAAUGCUGUGAAAGCCACAAACGUCCAACCCCAACACUGCAUAAACAAUAAAAAACACUGUAAACGCCACAAGGGUCCCACCCCAAUGACCCAUAAGCGUACCAACACUCUAAAUGCCACAAAAAGGCGACCAGCCCAAACGCCUCAUAAACGCUACAAACGCUGUGGACGCCACAAGGGCCCCACCCCAAUGCCCCAUAAACGCUACACGAAACGCCACACAAUAAAAAAAAUAAACAAAUAAAUAAACAAAUAAAGUAAACAGACCAGCCUGCAUGCCUCAUAAACGCUACAAACGCUGAAAAGCGCCACAAACGUUCAACCCCAAUGCCCAAUAAAAACCUACUAGCACUGUAAACGCCAUAAGGGUCCCACCCCAAUGCCCCAUAAACGCUAAACGCAACGCCACGCCAAAAAAUAAAAUAAAAUAAAUGAAUAAAAUAAAAAGACCAGCCUGCAUCCCUCAUGUACACUACAAACGCCGAAAAGCGCCACAACUGACCAACCCCAUUGCCCAAGAAAAAACUACUAACACUGUAAACGCCACAAGGGUCCCGCCCCAAAGCCCCCUAACUGCUGCAAACACUCGAAAUGGACAUAAAAUGACCAGCCCAAACGCCUGAUAAACGCUGCAAAUGCUGUGAACGCCACAAGGGUCCCACCCCAAUGCCCCAUAAACGCUACACGAAACGCCACGCCACGCCACGCCACGCCACGCCACGCCACGCCACGCCACGCCACGCCACGCCACACAAUAAAUAAAUAAAUAAAUAAACAGACCAGCCUGCAUGCCUCAUAAACGCAACAAACGCUGAAAAGCACCACAAACGUCCAACCCCAAUGCCCAAUAAAAACCUACUAACCCUGUAAACGCCACAAGAGUCCCACCCCAAUGCCCCAUAAAUGCUAAACGCAACGCCACGCAAAAAUAAAUAAAUAAAUGAAUAAAAUAAAAAGACCAGCGUGCAUCCCUCAUAAACACUACAAACGCUGAAAAGUGCCACAAAUGUCCAACCCCAAUGCCCAAUAAAAAAAAACUACUAACACUGUAAACACCACAAGGGUCCCGCCCCAAAGCCCCCUAACUGUUGCAAACACUCGAAAUGGGCAAAAAAAAAAAAAAAAAAUGACCAGCCCAAACGCCUGAUAAACGCUGCAAAUGCUGUGAACGCCGCAAGGGUCCCACCGCAAAGCACCAUAAACGCUACCCCUUACGCCACGCCACAAAAAGAAUAACUAAAUAAAUAAAAAUAAAAAGACCAGGCUGAACGCCUCAGAAACGUUACAAACGUUGUGAACGCCACAAACUUCUAACCCACAAACACUCCAUAAACAAUACAAACCCUGUAGACGCCACAAAUGUCCAACCCCAAUGCCCCAUAAACACUACAAACGCGACCAGCCCGAACGCCUCAUAAUGCCACAAACGUCCAACUCAAACACUCCAUAAAACAAAACAACAAGACUAUAAUAUUUUUAUAGUACUAGUAAAACUAGUAAAACUAUUUACUACAAAAAUACUAGAAGGAAUGUUAGUGCCUGGGGUAUCCAAGGGCCUCCACUGUGGUCAGCCAGCCCCUAGAAUCCUCUCCCAUGGCUGGCAAAUCCCCGCAACCCAGCCAUGGCCCCCCUUUCCAGGCACCCGUCACAUGAAGCAAGACGAAACAGUGGAAGGAGGCAUAGAGGGUUGCGUGGAGGGGGGGACGCUAAAAAAAAAAAAAAAAAAAAAAAAAAAAAAAAAAAAACAACCGCUUCCAACAGCUUCACGCUGACGCAACCGCCACAAAAACCGCUCAAUUUGAUACUCCUGGCUGUGACGAAGUAGCCACGUUCCAUGUGAGUUUGACCGUUGACAGGCGGAGACUGAUAAGCUGGUGGCGGACAACUCAACUGAAUGCCAGCUAAACUUGAGCUCGAGGACUGCUUCACCGCUAAGCUCGAGGACCGCUUCACCGCUAAGCUCGAGGACUGCUUCACCACUAAGCACGAGGACCGCUUCACCGCUAGGCUCGAGGACUGCUUCACCGCUAAGCUCGUGGACUGCUUCACCGCUAAGCUCGUGGACGGCUUCACCGCUAAGCUGGUGGACCGCUUCACCGCUAACUCUAGGACUGCUUCACCGCUAAACUCGAGGAUUGUUUCACCGCUAAACUCGUGAACCGCUUCACCGCUAAGCUCGAGGACUGUUUCACCGCUAAGCUCGGGGACCGCAUCACCUUUAAGCUCGUGAAUCGCUUGACCGCUACUAAGUUUGUGGACCGCUGAACUGCCAAGCUCGAGGACUGCUUCACUGCGAAGCUCGAGGGCUGCUUCACCGCUAAGCUCGUGGACCGCUUCACCGCUAGGCUCGUGGACCGCUUCACCGCUAAGCUCGAGGACUGCUUCGCCGCUAAACUCGAGGACCGCUUCACCGCUAAGCUCGAGGACUGCUUCACCGCUAAGCCUGAGGAUCGCUUCACCUUUUGGGCUCGCGAAUCGCUUGCCGCACCGCUAAGCUCGUGGACCGGCAGACGGCUAAGCUCAUGGACCGCUAGAACGCUAAAAUCGUGAGCCGCGGGACCGUUAAGCAAGUAAACGCAAGACCACAGUCAUUCCGCGAAAAACACCGCAACCAAGCUGUUGUCGAACUAUCCAACCAUGAAGUAUCAGACAAAACACCCAAGCAAAAACCAUGGCCAAACGCCGGGACGAACGUCCCGCCAACAUUGUCGCCCCGAAUUACGAAGAAACAACGAUUGCACAAAAUCCAGGCGUAGCCGAAGACAACGUAGAAAGAAAACGGUUUGACCGCAACAGCAAAAAACAGCGAGAAUCAGACGGUAAAAGAAUGAUCCAAAGGCUAAACGAAGAGAAUGGCCGCCACGAAAACACUGUACUGAGCACAUGGAGGUGAUGCAAGCAAGGCUGACCGCGCUUGAGCCAAACGACCGACCGCUGACCACGCUCGCGCUCCUUGUUGUUAACUCUGUUAAAUAAAUAUUUAUUUAACCUCAUUAUAUAUUAUGAGGAAAAAUGCGGCUAUUGGGUUAUCAGCUGGAUAGUGACUUAUUUAGUGGAUGGUGUUAUCCAGCUUUUGAAAAUUAGGGCCAGGUGUGGAUGGCUCCACCUAAAAUGUUCUACAGUUGAAAAAGGAUUUAAUACAGCCGAAACCAAUAAUUGUGGAAUUGCACACAUUUUAGGCAUUCACACAAUUAAAAAGUAACAUUUACAUAAGUCCAUUUCUGCCUGUAAAUAGCAGGUGCUAGUGUUGGUGGGCGGAGAGUCAAGGCGGGCCGAGCAUUCUAUGAAUGAACACUUACAGCUUUUAGAUUUUUUUAGACUUGAAGAUAUUUUGUGAAACAGCAUUCUGCUGUCCGUCCUCUGUAAAUUAAAUAAAUAUCUGAAGUUUAAAAAAAAUAAUAUGCUUGGGACACUGGAUUUCAUAGGUUCAGAGCAUUGGGUUCCCUCUGAGCACAGCGUUGAAUAUAAUAAUAAUGGCUUACAAGUUAAUGUUUUAUCUCAUUGAUCGAUUCAUUAACCUUGCAGCAUCAUAUUGGUCCUUUCCUGGGAGAAGUUUUCAUGGGCAUUGUUAACUGUAUCUUUACAGUCCUGGGCAAACCUAUUGAUGAAAAAGAUGAACAGGUAAUGCUGAGUUUCCACAACAUGACUAAGUUUGAGAAAUGGUGUGAUCAACUUGUCACAAGCAUGGGACAAAGAAAAAAAUCUGAGUUCCCAACAGGAAUUGAACCUACCGCGCAUGUGGCAGGAAAUUUUUGCAGGUUCUAAUUUUUGCGAUUUUUGCGGUUUUUCCGGAAAUCCACAAACAUGAGUUUCUGAAAAUAAAAAUUACCGCAAACUUUUUUUCCCGCAAAAAUUUACUCCAGAGUAAAUUUUCUCUAACUUAAAUUCGCUACACAAAAAUACAGUACUGAGAAAUCUUGUCUGUUCAAUCACAAGUUGUCUCUUUCAUUCAGAAACAACGAAGACUGGUUUAUUGUUUGAAAAAUAUAUUUAUUUCUUUUGCAUGUACUCAAUAAAAACGAACAUAUCAUCAAUGCUGGGUUCUGGGUACUUUCUGAAAAUUGCAAAAAUUAAUUCCCAGCAAGAAAAACCAAUCUGUCCUAAUUGCAAAAAUUGCUUCCCGCAAAACACAAAAAAUCGCCAAUCUGUGAAAAUGAACUCCUGCAAGAAUUUUGUGCCACAUGGUACAACUUUCCGUACAUCGGUUGGAUACUAUUAAUAACCAUUGAGCUUUUUAAGGACUCAUGGACAGCCGGGCCAUAUACGAGGUUCAAGUACAGUGAAACCUUUAUUAAGCAGACACCUUCGGGACCUUAUCAAGUGUCCCGUUAUGGGUGUCCGCUUAAUAGAGGUUGUAAAAAUUCGUUGCGCAAUGUUUGUUAACGAUCAACAUUCAAUGGUUACUCUGUACUGUGAUAAAGUUGCAUGUCGUUAAAGAAGCUUUCCAGAGUUCAAGUUCAUUACCUUUCAUUACCAACUUUUAUUUGUUCGUAAAUGCAAAAACGUUAACUGACUUCAGUACAUAUUUCGAGGACGUAAUCCAAUACUACUAUUGUCAAUUCAGUCCAGCGUCCGCUUAAUAGAGGUUAUUAACAUUAGAAAUUAGCCAAAUACAACAUAUUUUAGUGUCCAUGUCCGCUUAAUAGAGGUGUCCGCUGAAUAGGGGUUUGUUAUAAAGGGAAAUAUCAGACGUCCGUUUUGGGGCCCAGCGUGGUGUCCGCUUAAUAGCAGGUGUCCGCUUAAUUGGGGGUCUGCUUUUUUAAUAGAGGUUUCACUGUAUGAGUUUGUCCUCUCCUUGAGAGACCAAAGCAGCCAGCAAUCCUUAUUUCCAGGCACCAGUUAUUCAAAAGAUGGAUAACGCUAUCCACUGGAUAGCAUAUGUAAUUGCCAUUGGUUUCCCUAAUAGUUAUCCACUUGAUAGUGAUUUAUCUGGUUGAUAGCACUAUCUAACAUUUGAACAAUCCAGGCCGGGUUGUUAUUACACAUGUGCAGCAUGUAAGUGGUUGUCAUUAGUUUGCCACAAUCUCGCCUGCACUCUAUAACCUGUGGUUAAAACUAAUAAAAGUUUAUUAAUUUUUUUGACUGCAUCUCUCUGUGAGAGGUGUCUGACAUAAGUCAGACCAAAGUCCUUACCUUGGUAUUGUCAUAAAAAAAAAAUAGUUCUCUAAUAUGUAUAAUUAUUAUUCAUUCAAAAUAUUUCUCCGUUUCUGAUUGGCUAAAAUCCCAUGGUUAAUUCAUCAUAAUCAGCCACCGUUGACCAAAUUUGGAGGAUGUUUGCGAUAUGUGAGAAAUGACGUCAACUCUACAACAAACUGCUUUCAUUCUUGUUGUUGAUGUUUGUUUAUUUUUUUGUUGUUAACAGGCUGCCAAAGAGAAAGAAACUCUUAGGCGUAGUUACUUCUUGUUUAUUGCUGCUGUUGUAACCAACGAUGUCACUGUAGUUCUCACAUCCCAAAGUGAGUUUCAGUUUUUAGCUGGAAACAAUAGCUUACAAGUUACAUGUAACAAGGCAGUAAACCUGGUAUCUUUCGUGUCAUUUUGUAUGCCUUCUUUGUGUUAUUGCUCUAAAAAUUUUGUGCGGUUCCACUUUGGUGUGCACUUUUUCAGCUUGGAAUUUGUCAAAGUUUUUGAAGAUCUAGGCAUAAUAAAUACUGAUCUCAUUAACAGGCUUCCUUGUGAUAAAAAUCUCAAGUUGCCUUAUAAUAUUAAUAUUGUUGACUUUACAUUUGUGACUGAAAAAUAAAUGCCGUUGUCAGAGUAGGCUCGAUUACCGGCCACUCCCUGUCUUCAGGGAGGAUCAAAGACCAGACCCAGCAGACGGCGGAAAUUGAGCCUAUUGUCAGAGUGAGCUAGUUGUGAAACCUUUCACUCUUACACCAAGCUAUGACAAGAUUAUUUUGUUCUUCUAACUAUCGAGCCUGUAGACAAAAUCCCAUGGUAUUGCCAUUCAAAUGAAACCUCCUUUACAGAACUUUUGCAUAGUGCUAUUCAUUUCUUUGACUUUGAGAUAAAAAUUCGAUUUUUUGUGGAAAUUUUUCUGGGACCACUCUGUUUCUUUUACCUCAAAGAUCUCCCAGGAUCUGCAGAUGCACUUUGUUGCCAUCUCAUUCUUAACUGUCUCUGUUCUCAGCAAGCCCACUUGCUGUGAAGGUGUGCUGUGUGGCUACCACUACACUGUAUUAAGAAUGAAAGGAUUAAAGAAGAAAAAUAAUGUUAUUAUCGUUGUGUUAGGUCCUCAGGAUAUACAUCAAGUGUUGAUGACUCUGAUACAAGGAGGAGUAGAGUAUCCUGAUCCUGUGGUAAGCAAUGACUGUGACAUCUAUAUUAUCCACACUUAUCUCCAUCUAUUUGGGACACUUAAGAGAUAAGAAAGUGUUUAUAAUUUUGACGUAACAGGAGGCAGCAUGGCAGAGUGGUUAGAGUGCUGGACUUGCAAUUCAGAGGCCCCAAGUUCAAGUUCUGCCCUGACCGCUAGCUGGAUUUGUUCAUGGUAGUCCCGAAUUCAAAUCUUCCGCCAGGCUUGUAAAUAGCCAGUGGGUUUGCCUCCGGCCAGUUGGGAUUCUUAACCCUCUUAAGUAUGAUAUACAUGACUUGAUUCAGGCAUUUGCUCGGCCCCACUAGCAUUAGUGCUGUAACUACUCACGGGGAUAAAUGACAGAAUUAUUUUAUUUUUAUUUGUUACACCUACUUUAGUGAACUAUUAUGGACUUAACUCAAUCCUUUGAAGGCCGCUACACACGAGGGAUUUUGCUCCCGGAGCAUGCUCCAGGGGCACGCUCCGGGAGCAAAGCUCCUUCGUGUGUACCAACGAUUAAUUUUCAUGGGUAUACUUCAUCCUCGGGAGCAGAAUUUCCACCCCGCAAAAUGCUCCACGAUAUUUAACCGGUUUAAUAUUUGGGAGCAAACUCCCGGGGCAAAUUGAGCGAACUUGAAAACGCUCCCUCGUGUGUACUGACACAUGCAAAAUGAGCCUGCAGCAUGCUCUGGGAGCAAAACCCCUAGUGUGUAUCGGCCUUUAUUUUAUCAAGCACAGAAAAUGACUGUCAGUUUUACAACUGUACAAAUCUUUUUUGCAUCAUCUUCAGUUAAAGUAGUCAAAACCUAAGCUUUUGUCAUUUGUAUUUUUUUUUUUGCUCUCUUUGUCUUGUUAUAAUAUACACAUUUUAGGCACAGAAGAUAUCGUUUAACAUCUUGCGCAAGCUGGUUGAACUUUGGGGUAAGUACGUACCAAAAUUAAUGCACUUAUUCACUGCAUUACUCUGAGGUCCUUUCAAAGAAGUGUGGGUGGGAUUGGGUAUACUAUUUUGGUAGUGAAAACUACCAAACUGUCCCCUAGUUAGCUCCGUUGCAAGGGCGCUGGUCUGCCCAGUGGGAGAAGGUCGCUUCAAACCACUGUUAGACCCAAGUCGUUCCCAGGGCCUUCUCAACCCUGGGAAGGUGAUUGGGUAAUACCAUAGUUAUUAGAGAAGACUGGUUAUGAAAGACAUGACAAACAUCAAAUAUAAAAACAACUGUGCUUCAGUGCUAUGUUGGAAGCUCCCUGAUGGUGCACAAUCCUUUGCUUUCUGUUGGCAAAUUGUGAUCAAAAUGCUAGGAAUGCUAUAAUCUGAAUGUUGUGCACUGUCAGGUCCACAAAACCAUUUACAAAGGAGUCUGAUGGGUUUCAUAACCAUUCCAUUCUAUCAACUAGCCUGCUACUAGCUACGAAUGAUUAACGAAAACCCUGACUAUAUAUCAAGCAAUGUAGUACCACAUUAAAGAGAACUUUGAGUUACAACUUUUUAUAACUUAUAACUUAUGUUCCAGCCGCUGGUUAAUUUUGUAGGGGGAAGUAAUGGACUGAAUGGCUUUGAAGAGUUCAUCUACAAAAAUAUUGUUCCAGCAACUUUUGUGGCACCAAUGAAGCCCACAUUUGAUAUGAAUGAUGCACAAACUAUCCUGGUAUGGAACAACAGUCUCAUGGUAGUUGCAAUAUCAAAGCAUGACUGUGUUUGUGUGACUUGGUUACAUUUCACAGUCGACUCUAUCUAGGGGCGCUUUACAUUAAUAUUGUCAGAACUGACUGGCCAGACCAUUCGUGUCGUAAUGAGAAUUUCACUUUUUAUAUCAGUACAUCAGAAAUUUCUGCAAUUUGAUUGGCUUAGAGCAGUGGUAUUUCAGCUUUAUUUGAAAAUAAUACUACAUGUGAAAAUUACAAACCUUUUGCGGGUAGUAGUAUAAACAAAUAAUAGCAUGAUUUGUAUGUGAUAUUUGGCAUAUUUCAAAGUUGUCUCAAAUUUCACUCUCCUAACGUCUCGUGAAAUUACGUAUAACAAUUUUGAAAUAUCACUCAUGGUAUUUAUGCCAAAUAUCACUACAAAUCAUGCUAUUAUCUAUACUAAUAAUCAUCCAGCAAAAUUGGUCAAAUCCUAAAUAUACAUCUAUGAAGGAGAUGGUUUUUCAUUACAAACUCAUGGAAAAAACUUUUUUCAUUUUCAAAACGACUUAUCUGGCCACAGUCCAGCCAGCCAGUUCUGACUUUAGGAAGGCACCCUGAGACAGACACUUCUGGGAAUGACACUUAAAGUGUCUGUCUAAGAGUAAUUCUCCAUCUUUACCCUUUAAGCCCCACUAUAUAUCCACAUACAAAUUCUCCAAACUGAUCUCUAUACAUUUCCUUAAAGAAUGAGUUGAGAGAAUUUGAUAAAAGAUCAAGGCACUUUCUCUUAGAUGAUCAUUUUAUUAAUUCUCAUAACCUUAUUUCUUGACAAUGUAUGGAUAUCACUAGGAGAAAAUUGAUGUUGGUCACCAUUGGGACUUAAAGGGUUUAGGAGAGUCAAAUAAAGGAAGUAAAAAGGGCACGGACCAUUUCUAGGUGUUUGUUUUACAUGUACCAAAGUGUCCACCUUGUAGAGGUGUCUGUUAAGGGAGAGUCAACUGUAUUUUGCUUUCUUUGUUUUAGAUUAUAUGGCUCACUGAUGGUGUUAGUAAUUAAAAGGAAAAUUAUAAUAAAAUGGGUUUUAUAACGUUUAAACCUAGGAAAAAUUUGAACCAGAACUAAUUAGAGAAAGAGGUUUCAACCGUGGAUGCAGGCUUUUUGUCAUUAUAACAAGUAGCAAAUCAAUAAUAAUAGUUUUAAAGAGUCUUCAAAAUCAAAGAAGUAAAUGCAUGAAAUGUGAUACAUGAAAGUAUAAUUCAUUCAUUUAUUUUGCCAUUAAAUAAUACAACAAUAAUAUACGAGGAAUUUAAAAUACAUUUAAGAUAAUAGACACUAUUCUAACUAAAUCAUUUACAAAAUUAAAUGUUUAAAUUGGUAAUGAAAGGGAAGCUGCCUAUAUUAUAGAGUCUGGGUUGGGGCUUAUACACUAUAGGCUUCCUGGUACUAUAGGGUACACCAUGUGAUAUUGACUUAUAUGGACAUUCUCUUUGAAAUCUUCUGUUUAGGCAUUGCAAGAAAUUGCUCUGACACAGAAAACGAUUUUUCAAAAGCAGGUAUGGUAUGUCACCUGGAGAAAAUAUUCUGUUGGAUUGUUUGCAAUAACUUUAAUUUUUAAUGAUGUCAUUCCGAAUUAUAGGGAGGUGAAGUUAUAGACUUCCUUCAAAACAAGUAUCUUCCUACACUAAACCUGGCCCCUUUGCUUAUUCAGGUAUGGUUCUAUUUUAUUAAAUGAAUUUACAUUAAACAACUGUACAUGUGUACAGGCCCAUUUUUAAGGGGAAUUUUUUUUCUGUGUGCAAUUUUUAUUUUCAUAUUUGGCACUUUUUUAAAUCGCUCAUAAAUAAUACAGUGGUUUGUCUGCACUCGAUCAGGGCUUGUGCUACAUUCAACAAAGGUAAUAAAUUGUUGUUUAGCUUAUUUUUUCUCCAACAGUGUGCACUCUCACUAGUUACUUCAAGGUCACAUGACAUUGAACAAUAAAACUGUCUUCCGCUAAGUCUCUGAGCGGACAAUAUUACCAAGUCUGUGGUCUGAGAGAUUCCCUGCGAAUAUUGACAACUGUCUGAGAUAUACUUUCAUUAGCUUGCAUAAUAGGCACUUUAUGAGCCAAGGGAGGUGAACGUGGCAUUUUGUGCGAAGUGCAAAACGCGUGUGAAGCGCGACAUGAGGGGAGGAGAAAAAAAUUAAAAAACAAAAAAAAUUUUCCCCCUCUCGUCUCACGCUUCGCACUCAUUUUUGCCUUCGCCUCACUUGGAUCAUAAAGCCUGUUAUGCAGGCUAUACUUUCACAAAGUUGUGUACUAAGCAGUUUAUCUUCAAGGAACUUACAAGUUAUUGGUCACUGGCCCCUUGGAAGGGUUAAUUUUGUUUCCUUCAAAUCUCGUUGUUUUCUUUGGUUCUGCCUCAUGAAACACUGGGAUAUUUCUCCAGAUCACAGGGGCACCCAACGAGAAUAUAGUUCAAAACCACUUAAACAUAGCUUGUUAAACGUCUUUUAGUAUUUAAACGGUAGAUAUAGGCAUAUUUUUAUCCCCUAAAAAUUUUUCAUCUGUUCGGAUUUCCUUGCUGAAAGUCUAGUGAUCCGAAAAUUAUAGGGAUCAAAACUUACCUUUUCGAAAGUUUUAGCCAGAAGAAAGACUCCCGAAAAUUCUAGGUGACCUUUUUAGGGUCAAAAUCCGUUAAAAAUAGGCAAUUAAAUCAAUUUUUAGAUGUCCGAAAAUCCUAGGAGAGGCAGGCAAACAAGAAAUUUUACAACAAAUGUUCCGAAAAUUCUAGAUCUCAAAUCGUCAUCCGAACAGAUAUUUUUCCGAAAAUUGUCGUUGGGUGCCCCUGAGAUCAGUCAUUAAGUAUUAACUGUUAGAUGGUGUUAAUUUGUUCAUAAAUGAAAAGAGUGGUGUAACUCCUUUUUUUAUCUUUGCUGUGCAUUGUAGUAGUUUAUUUUCAUAUGUACGGUUGUAAGCAAUAAAAAAAUUAUUUUUUAGGAGUACACUAAUGCUCUACAACAUGCUGACAUGAAAACUUUCAAGAGCUAUUUGAAGGUGAGGCUUGUAAACACAGUGAAGUUCAAUCAAUGA